AUCCACCGAAGAAGAAGAAGAAGAAGAAGAAGACUGAAUGAAACGAAACCAUACACGUGUUAUGUUGAUGCACGUAGACAGGUACAUUUAAUAAACAUGACUGUACAACGACGAGGAAUCAGUAAAACCCCUGAAAGUAGCGCCAUUGAAAAGAAAAUUAAGAGGGGAAAUGCGCAGAGACAGGCCUCUUCUUGGAGAGGUAACGUGACCACGCUGUUGCUGCUGACAGGAGUCACUGGAUUAGUGAGCUGGAUGUAUUUCAGUUGGGCUGAUGACUUUACACACACAUUGGUUUCAAGAGGCGAGAUCCUCACUCAGCCCAGAGUGUUCACAGUUGAGUGCUCUGAAGACUACAAGAAGUACAAGUUCUUUCCAGGUUGCACCCCAACAAAAUGCGGCAGAGCCAUUACAGACAGCGCUGUGACUUUGGAGGAGGCACAGAAGCUUAGAAGGUUAGCUGAGCGGGGCUUAUCACUUGCUGGCUCAGAUGGUGGUGCCUCCAUCCUGGACCUUCACUCUGGGGCGCUGUCGAUGGGAAAGCAGUUUGUAAAUGUCUAUAGAUAUUUUAAGAAUGAGAUAAGGGAUGUUUUUACAGAAGAUGAUUUUGAACUGUACAGGGAUGUCCGUAGCCGAAUUCAAAAGAUAAUAGCUGAGACUUUUGGUCUGGACUCCAAACAGAUGUACCUCACCAAGCCCACCUUCUUCUCUCGCAUCAACAGCACCUCUGCCAAAACCACUCAUGAUGAGUACUGGCACCCACAUAUCGAUAAGGAGACUUAUGGAUCCUUUGACUACACAUCUUUGCUCUACUUGUCUGAUUAUGGAAUGGAGUUUGGUGGUGGACGGUUUGUCUUCAUGGAUCCCAGUAGCAACAGGACGGUGGAGCCACGUGCUGGUCGGGUGUCUUUCUUCUCAUCCGGUUCUGAGAACCUCCAUCGUGUGGAGAAGGUCACUUGGGGUACUCGAUAUGCCAUUACAGUGUCCUUCACAUGUGACCCCGAUUAUGCCAUUGAUAACCCCUCCCUGCCGUAGGGUCCACCCGGCUCAAAGGGACUGAUCAGUGACAGGAACCCUAUGGAAAACACACAGGAAAAUUUUGAAACAACUGUUGUGUUCAUGGCAUAAAAAACUCUUUAUUUUCCCGUUAUAAAAAUGUUUGGGAUUUUCUGUGCUCAAAUGGGGUUUGUCUCCUUUGUUUAAUUUAAGAUGUGUUAUGUAUUUUCAGGAGAAUUACUUGAAGACACACGCAUCUUGCGGUUUGUCUUGCAUUCCGAAGGUGCUUCUUUACAAUUGAAUUCUGUCUUUCCUGGCUGUGCUUCAUUCUUUAAAAUCUUUUAUGUUAUUAUAGUUAAAUCGCUGUCUAGACCGGAGGUGCAAGUAGGAUGAGAAAACAGGUCUAUCUAAUGAAAACCAAAAGCUGGAAAACCGGUUGUCAAAUAUCUCUAUUUAUGUCACAACCUGAAAAAUACUCUUUAUAGGAUUGCUUUCAAAAACUACUUAAACUGCUAGUGAAACAUCAGUGUACCAGAUACCCAAAGAAUAUCUCAUUAUUUCACCCAUGUCUUUCUACUUGUAUGAAAGUUUUAAAAGAAAACCUGUUUGAUAUCUUUGAUAAAAGAGUGUUAUAAUACUCAAAGAGAAAAAAAAUGUUUAGUAUGUCUUUUAUUCUAAAGUCUCUUUAACCUUCCAAUGCCAAGUAUAACAUUUUGUAAUGCGGAUCUGAUGAGAUGUUAUAGAACCACAUCCCUCUUUCGACUGUGUUAGUAAUAAUUACACUGACAUUAUGUGGUAAAAGUCAAGUUUUGCCAGUCACGACACAUUUGUUUUUGAAACCUUGUUUUUAGAUGUUACAGCUAAUUGGCUUCUCUGCUUACAGACCCACAACCCAAAACUAAGUGCUGUUGUGUGUGUUGAAGUGAUAUUCAGAACAGAAGGUUGUUACUUCUCUCACCUAAUGCAUGGGUAACCAUCAACAUCAUCUCAGUAGUUUGUUUUUAAACCUUAGGCUAUAUAUUUGUCAAAACCUGUGUUGACAUUUAGGAAACACUAACCUUGAAUUUGUUUGCCUUUUUAGACACAUUCUGAAUCUGCUUAUACAUGCAAUGCUUGUUAUUCAAAUGCAUGCAUCAGCUUUAUUAUAAUAGGUCAAAAAGUUUGUUUGCUCUCUACCCGUAUGUGAUGAUUCAUGAAUUUUGGCUGAUGCCUAAUUUGCUGCUCCUGUUGCAUCACCAGUAGCUUAAUUGGAAAUCUCUCUUGGUCUGUAAUGUUCCUUUCUUUAGCUGCUAAUCCCUUCAUGUUUCAGGAAAUCUAAAUGUAUCGUUUCAGGUUUAUGCAAAUCAAGUCGGUUUUGCCAACAGCAAUCAGAGUCUUGUGUCUCAGGGUAGACCACCUCAGUGACACGUUGAUUUACUACCACUGUAUACAAUAGACUGAAAUACAAUGCGUCCAUAUUUUGUGGAAUUGCUUAUUUAUCUGUGAGGAAAUGUAUUUGCUUGAGAUGAUGGGGUUGGAUAUUGUUGCUCAUGCGUCAUGUGUAUAAAUGUGCGUGUUUGUUUUGAAAAAUGAGAAGGAUGUUCGCUCCCGUUCAAAAGUAUGGAGUCAGUAAGAUUUUGUUUUUUGAAAGUAUCUCUUAUGCUUAAGGCUGUAUUUAUUUAAAAUACUGUAAAAACAGUCAUAUUUUGAAAUAUUAUUGCAACAUAAAAUAACAGUUUUUCUUUUUUAAUUAAAUGUCAUUUAUUAUAUGAUGCCAAAGCAAAAUUUUCAGCAGCCUUUAUUCCAGUCUUCAGUGUCACAGGAUCCUUCCAAAAUCUGAUUUAGUAUGCUGAUGUUGUGCUCAGGAAACAUUCAUUGUUAUUAUGAUGAAAACAGCUGUGCUCCUGAAUACUUCCGUGGAAACCUUGAAUAAGAGAGUGCAAAGUAACAGUACCAAUUUAUUUUAUUUUUUUUACAAUUAAUAUUUCUACAAUUUUCACUUUUGAUCAAUUUCAUACAUCCUUGCUGAAUAAAAUUAUUAUUUCCUUAAAAAAAAUAUCUAAAGUCAUACUGACACCACAUUUUUGAAUGGUAUAAGUAAACAUUUUGACUAUAUACUGUACAUUUACAUAAGAGAAGGAGUGUUGAAGUAUGCGCUAGUUUGAUGUUAGUCUUAUGAUAUUGUUAUCUGUUUAAAGCCUUACCAGAUCUUUCUUAAUCUCAUUACAUUCUUAUUAUCUAGUCCUAAAGAUUACAAUUUGCCUGAUUGUUGGCAGCUGCUUCAAUGUUAAGACCGCUUUUAAACUGGAAUGAAAGUCCACAGCUGAUAUGUACGGCUUUUGGCAGAGGUUUUUCCAAUGAGUGCUGUUUUGAAGAACAGAUGUUGUCAAUUAAAUGAUACUACAAAACAAAUGAUGGACACAUUCGCUGUUCUAGAUUGACCACGACCAAUUUGCUAGAAAUUCUGGAUUGAUGGCUACAGUGACACAAGAUUCCCUCUGGCGAUACGGUUUACUCUUAAGUCAUGCAAUUUCCUAUGACUACUCAUUUGCAGAGCCCAACAAUAACAUGCAUGACCUGUAUUGAUAUUUAUUUAAUUUCUUGAAGAGACUGAAAAAUAAAAAAGGACUGUUUGACUGGCGCCUUCAA